UGUUGUCCUCUCUCCCCACGCUGGUUCCGCGUCCUCUCGGAGUAGUUCCUCCGCCUGGCCUGGAGCGUCUCGUGUCUGGGGCUCUUCAGGCUGCCGCCGCUGCCGCCGCUGCCGCCGCCGCGAUGGGCAAAACUAAUGACUCUCGGAGUCCGGGAGCCCGGCCCGAUCCGGUGCGGAGCUUUAAUCGCUGGAAGAAGAAACACAGCCAUAAGCAGAGCCAAAAGAAGCAGUUGAGGAAGCAGCUGAAGAAGCCCGAGUGGCAGGUCGAGCGCGAGGUUAUCAGCCGCCUCAUGCAGAACUACGAGAAGAUAAAUGUUAAUGAAAUUACAAGAUUUUCAGAUUUCCCCUUGUCUAAAAAAACAUUGAAAGGUUUGCAAGAAGCCCAGUAUCGUUUGGUAACUGAGAUACAGAAACAGACCAUUGGAUUGGCUUUGCAAGGUAAAGAUGUUCUCGGAGCUGCCAAAACUGGAUCUGGCAAGACUUUGGCUUUCCUUGUUCCAGUGCUUGAAGCCUUAUAUCGUCUGCAGUGGACCUCAACUGAUGGGCUGGGGGUUUUGAUUAUAUCACCUACAAGAGAGCUGGCCUAUCAGACCUUUGAGGUUCUUCGAAAAGUAGGAAAGAACCAUGAGUUUUCGGCUGGUCUCAUCAUUGGUGGAAAGGAUCUGAAACACGAAGCUGAGAGGAUCAACAACAUAAAUAUACUCGUUUGUACACCGGGGCGACUUCUGCAACACAUGGAUGAAACAAUAUGUUUUCAUGCCACCAAUCUCCAAAUGUUAGUUCUUGAUGAGGCAGAUAGAAUCUUGGAUAUGGGCUUUGCUGAUACCAUGAAUGCUAUUAUUGAAAAUCUUCCCAAGAAACGUCAGACUUUGCUUUUCUCAGCUACACAAACCAAAUCUGUAAAAGAUCUUGCACGCUUGAGUUUGAAAAACCCCGAAUAUGUCUGGGUUCAUGAAAAAGCAAAAUACAGUACCCCAGCCACUUUGGAACAGAAUUACAUAGUUUGUGAGCUGCAGCAAAAAAUAAGUGUGCUAUAUUCCUUUUUGAGAAGCCAUCUGAAGAAGAAAAGUAUUGUAUUUUUCUCCAGUUGUAAAGAGGUCCAGUAUCUGUACCGAGUAUUCUGCCGACUACGUCCUGGUAUUUCUAUCCUUGCCCUGCAUGGUCGACAGCAGCAGAUGAGAAGAAUGGAAGUCUAUAAUGAAUUUGUCCGUAAGAGAGCUGCAGUACUCUUUGCUACUGAUAUUGCAGCCAGGGGUCUGGAUUUCCCGGCUGUGAAUUGGGUUCUUCAGUUUGAUUGUCCAGAGGAUGCCAACACAUACAUUCACAGAGCGGGUAGAACUGCCAGGUAUAAAGAGGAUGGUGAAGCUUUAUUAAUUUUGCUCCCCUCAGAAGAAAAAGGGAUGGUACAGCAGCUUCUUCAGAAGAAAGUGCCUGUGAAGGCAAUCAAAAUCAAUCCAGAAAAACUUAUAGAUGUCCAGAAAAAAUUGGAAUCAUUUUUAGCUCAAGAUCAAGAUUUAAAAGAAAGAGCUCAAAGGUGUUUUGUCUCCUACAUACGUUCAGUGUAUCUGAUGAAGGAUAAAGAAAUAUUUGAUGUGAGCAAGUUACCUAUACCUGAAUAUGCCCUGUCUCUUGGUCUUGCUGUGGCACCACGGGUAAGAUUUCUUCAGAAAAUGCAGAAACAACCCACCAGAGAGUUGGUAGUGAGCCAAGAUAAUAAAGUAAGUGAGCCAAGAGCUCCCUCCCUCACCAAUGAUGAAGUGGAAGAAUUUAGAGCCUACUUCAAUGAGAAAAUGUCCAUCCUUCAGAAAGGUGGGAAAAGAGCAGAAGGGACAGAGGAUGGACUGGCUAAUGGCAUUAGUGAUGAGGAAGAAGAGAAGGAAGAUGAAGAAGAAAUAGAAGAGAAACUGGGAAAAGGAAAAGAGUCUCAACCUCAAUUCGUCCCUAGCACUGAUGAGUCAUGGAAGAACAAGGAAACUGCUAUACACUUCUUGGACAGAGCUGAUGAUGAGGAGGAGGAUGAUGAUGGACUUGAUGCUGAUUUCUUAAAGGUGAAGCGGCACAAUGUGUUUGGGUUGGACCUUAAAGAGAAUAAAGCAUUACAGAAAAAAGAAGCUUCUAAAUCCAGUGUCAAGAAAAAAGUGACCAAGGUUGCAGAAGCAAAAAAAGUAAUGAAGAGAAAUUUUAAAGUGAAUAAGAAGAUAACAUUUACUGAUGAAGGGGAGGUAAUUCAGCAGUGGCCACAAAUGCAGAAAUCUGUCUUGAAGGAUACUGAGGAAGAGGAUGACACUGGUGGUAUCAACUUAGAUAAAGCAAAGGAAAGGCUUCAAGAAGAGGACAAAUUUGACAAGGAAGCAUAUAGGAAGAAAAUUAAGGCAAAGCAUCGGGAGAAAAGACUGAAAGAGAGGGAAGCCAGAAGAGAAGCCAGUAAGAGACAAGCAAAGGCCAAAGAUGAAGAAGAAGCUUUUCUGGAUUGGAGUGAUGAUGAUGAUGAUGAUGAUGGAUUUGAUCCGAGCACACUUCCAGAUCCAGAUAAAUACAGAAGCUCUGAAGAUUCAGAUAGUGAAGAUUUGGAAAAUAAAAUUAGUGAUACCAAGAAGAAGCAGGGAAUGAGGAAAAGGAACAACAAUGAAGUGGAAGACACGGGACCCACAAGUCAUAACAGAAAGAAGGCCAAGUGGGAAACCUUAGAGCCUUUGGACACGGGCCUAUCUUUAGCAGAAGAUGAAGAACUCGUGUUACAUCUGCUCAAAAGUCAAAGCUAAAUACUUCCUGCUCUUGUCUUCGCCUUAAAACCUCUGGUCAUGAUUAUGUGGACAAGUUGAAAAAACAAUAGGCUUUGAGGAACUUAGGUAACAUGAGUCCCAUGUCCAAAGGACUCAUUCUCCAGACAAAAGUGAUCAUAUCUCUAAGCCCCAUUCAUAAGAGGUGCUUGUGCCAUCCCAGAGCAAACUCAGAGUGAGGAUGGAUGAUAAAAUUUAUUGAUCCCAUUUUCUAGCAUGUGCUCUGUUAAUUUUUUAUCCAUGGGUUCCUACAUUUUUGUCAUUGGAAAUGCUCCCUUUGUUUUAAUGGCACGUUCUGGAGACCUUGUUUCAUUGUUAGGAAUUCCUGUGUUGCUUUUUUUACUGUGUACUGUUAAAUAGAAUUGCUCACAAUUUUGAUUAUUUAAUAUCUUUAAAGAGAAUACGAUGGACCAGCCCCAAGAAAGAAUGAGUAUUUUUGAAUUGAGACAAUUAAAAAUAAACAUAUUUCUUAUUAAAA